UAAAUAGAUUGUGUUCCUGCCUUAUCCCUUGCCUAUACAAACCAUGUACACACCUAUAACAACUAGAUGGUGGCCAUUAUUUAUACUUUUUUAUAGCACCCUAGUGACCGCACUCCUUCAACAAUCUGUGAAUGCUGCAUCGUUCAAGUACCGUGGGGUUGCACUUGGUGGAUGGCUAGUACUUGAACCUUAUAUCACCCCGUCAUUAUUUCUACCCUUUAAUAGCAGCGACAUACCUGUAGAUGAAUACCAUUUUUGUAAACAAUUGGGUCCAGAGGAGGCUCUUAAGCAGUUGGAGACCCAUUGGCAAACCUUCUAUAAUCAAUCUGAUUUUGAAAGAAUUAAAGGUUAUGGAUUGAAUAUGGUUAGGAUUCCAAUUGGAUAUUGGGCAUUUGAAAAGUUACCAGGAGAUCCAUAUGUAAUGGGAGCACAGAAAUAUCUUGAUAAGGCAAUCGAAUGGGCGGCUGAAAAUGAUUUAAAAGUAUGGGUUGAUCUUCAUGGAGUUCCAGGAUCACAGAAUGGAUUUGAUAAUUCAGGAUUAAGAAAUAUUGGAUAUCCUGGUUGGUUCAAUCAUACUGAGAAUUUAUCAUUGACUCAUAAAGUAUUAAAACAAAUUUAUACAAAGUACGGUAAUAUCAACAAUAGUUCAAGUACACUCUAUCAAGAAACAGUCAUCGCUAUAGAAGUGGUUAAUGAACCUUUGGGACCAUUAUUGGAUAUGAAUAAAGUGAAACAAUUUUAUAGCGAGACAUACAAAGACGCUCGUGAACUACAACUGAUUAAUAACACUAUAGUAUUUCAUGAUGCAUUCCAACCAAUGGGGUAUUGGAAUACAUUUAAAAAUCUCCCUCAAAUAAGUAACAAUAUUACCAACACCACUCUCAAGAACUAUAACAUUCUUAUAGAUCAUCAUAGAUAUGAAGUAUUUUCAUCUGGUGCACUAAAUGAAACUAUCGCACAGCAUCUUCUGCUGAUUGAAUCAUUUGCACAAGAUAUUGGAGAUGAACAGCUGCAUCACCCCGCUGUGGUUGGAGAAUGGCUGGCUGCACUUACAGAUUGCACUCCAUGGCUAAAUGGGGUAGGGUUAGGAUCAAGAUAUGAAGGACAAGAACCAUAUACAAACUCAAGAAUUGGAGAUUGUAGUAAUAUCAAUAAUUGGUCAAAAUGGUCAAAGGAACAAAAGAAAAAUUAUAGAAAGUUUGUAGAGAUGCAACUUGAUCAAUAUUCUAAUCAUACCCAGGGAUAUAUAUUUUGGACAUUUAAAACAGAAACUACUAUCGAAUGGGAUUUUGAGCGAUUGGUUCAAUAUGAAAUCAUGCCACAACCACUUGAUUCCCGGAAAUAUAUAUUCAACGGAACAGAUACCGAUAAAUCUAAGAGUAAUGGGAUUAGGAUCCUGGCCAAUGGGUGGUUAACAUCAGUCUUGGUAUUGAUUUUGGUGUGUAUUUAGAGUAAAUAAAACUGUGCACUUUCGCAGCCAUUUACAUAGAAAAAAAAGAGGCAUAUCUUUUUCA